UUCAAACAUAUUUAGAUAAAUAAUUCUCUACUAAAAAGGCUGAAUGUCUUACUGAAAUAGUCUAGUAAAUAUAAAUAAGAGAACAAUGAGUCAAGACCAGACCCAAGCUGCACUGAUUUUACAAUCGCUUCAUUUAAUUCAAAAGUUAAGGCACGAUGUAGGUCAAGUGUUUAAAGAUUUGUCCGAUGGCAUCAGUGAGUAUGUGGAAGACAACCCUGAAAAAGAUGAAGAUGGAACGGGUAAUAAAGACGUUUCUAAAGAAAAAAGCUCAUCAUCCAAUCAAAAAGAAGCUGCUAUAACAAAUAUUGAGAAAACUGAGGAACAACAUGAAAAACACAGAGCCAUAUUAAAAACGCUAAAAAAAUCCUUAGAGACUAUUAGCCAUGAUUUCAGUGAUUUGGAAAAGACGGGGGCAAAUAUUGGUCCUGUUCAAAUGUUUUCCAAUAUAGACAACCUAAGUCUUGAUCCAGUUGAUAAAAAUACAGUCACACAUUCUCAGCUGUUGCAGUCUUACAAAUGGACCAAUAAGAUGCAUGAGCUUGCACAGCAAGCAGUCACAAUAAUGGCACAGAACACCCUGAAGCGUACACAGUCUCCAAAAUAUACCGGAGCAAAAAAACCUAAACCCAACAUGCUUGCUGCAUGUCUUGCAUCACCACAAACUGUAGAGCAUCUUGUGAUGGCAUUAAAUAAAGAAUACCCAAACUCAAAUUUUACUCUGACACGACCUCUUGGAAGCUGUGGUGUCAUGCAGAUUGAAUUGGGACGAACACUAAGAGCAAUUGUUGUAUUGCGUGGUCUGACAAUUGAAUGGGUUAAAGUGAAAGGGUUUGACGAAACCUUUCAAACUGAAGAUGGCCAGGUUGAUAUUUGGUCCAAUUCUCGUUAUCAAGUUUUCCAAAAGAUAACACAUCAUGCAGUUGCUGCAUCUUUGCAUUACUAUGCACCAGCCAUUCCAGAAAUAGCUGUAAAAUCAUUUGUGCUGUGGCUGGAAGGGUUUGGCACUUUGUUUUCAACUCCAUGUGUGAAGUGUGGCAAAUAUUUACAGAACAAUAUGCCACCAACAUGGCGGGACUAUCGCAGUAGAGAAGCAUUUCAUGAUCUGUGCAGGAUGUAAAUAGUUCCAAGUUUCCAAUAUGGGAUGUAUUACAUACAUAGUUCCACUGUGGAAUGUAUGUAAGAUGUAUGUUUACAUUG